ACCAACUACCUCCAAGUCCGGAAAUGAAACUACGUCACACAAACUUAAAACCUCAUACUCUCCGCCAAUAAUGAAGCUCUCCACUAAAAUUCUAAAAUCCCAAACAAAAUUCCAAAUUUUUCUCUCUGUAUUUCCAUAGUUCAUUUCAUCAAUCUUAUCCAACCAAUACAAUCUCUGUAAUUUUUUAAUUUAACCCCAUUAAUGGUGGUUGGAUAAACUUUGUCCACAAUCCCAAGAAACCAUUUCUCCCAAAAUCCUCACUCUUCGUUCUCUUCCUCUUCAGAAAUCCAGAACAAAAGUUUGGAUCUUUGGAGCUUGCAGAAACAAAAAUGUCGAAAAAACCAGAUGAAGUGUUGAUUGGGUCGAUUGACCAGGGCACCACCAGCACCAGAUUCAUAAUCUACGACCGUUCGGCCCGCGCUAUUGGGUCCCACCAGGUCGAGUUCACUCAGUUCUACCCGGAAGCCGGGUGGGUCGAGCAUGAUGCGAUGGAGAUAUUGGAGAGUGUGAGAGUGUGCAUGGCGAAGGCGCUGGACAAGGCCACAGCUGAUGGGCACAACGUGGACAGUGGGCUCAAGGCCAUAGGGUUGACCAAUCAGAGAGAGACAACUCUGGUUUGGAGCAAAUCCACUGGAUGUCCUCUCUACAAUGCUAUUGUUUGGAUGGAUGUCCGUACCAGUUCUAUUUGCAGAAAAUUGGAGAAAGAAUUAUCCGGGGGAAGAACUCAUUUUGUGGAAACAUGUGGUUUGCCCAUAAGCACCUAUUUCAGUGCAUUGAAGCUGCUCUGGCUGUUGGAAAAUGUGGAUAAGGUGAAAGAGGCUGUGCAAUCAGGGGAUGCUCUCUUUGGAACUAUAGACACUUGGUUAAUCUGGAAUUUAACCGGUGGUGUCAAGGGAGGAAUACAUGUCACUGAUGUCUCAAAUGCAUCGCGGACUAUGCUUAUGAAUCUCAAGACCCUUGAGUGGGAUAGUACCAUAUUGAAAACGUUAGGAAUUCCAGCUAAAAUUCUGCCCAAAAUUGUCAGUAACUCUGAGGUUAUUGGAAAAAUUAACACAGGAUGGCCAAUUACUGGUGUCCCAAUCUCUGGAUGUCUCGGUGAUCAACAUGCAGCAAUGUUAGGGCAAGCUUGCAGGAGAGGAGAGGCUAAAAGCACUUAUGGGACAGGGGCUUUCAUCCUUCUCAACACUGGUGAAGAGAUAAUUCAGUCAACGCAUGGGCUUCUAAGCACUUUGGCAUUCAAACUUGGCCCUAAAGCUCCGACAAAUUAUGCUCUAGAGGGAUCGAUUGCUAUUGCUGGAGCUGCAGUUCAGUGGCUUAGAGACAGUCUUGGGAUCAUUAAGAGCGCGAGUGAGAUUGAGGAUUUGGCUUUACAGGUUGAGUCCACAGGUGGAGUUUAUUUUGUGCCUGCCUUCAAUGGAUUAUUUGCUCCGUGGUGGCGUGAUGAUGCUCGUGGGGUUUGCAUUGGUAUUACAAGGUUUACAAACAAGGCUCACAUUUGUCGAGCAGUGCUAGAGAGUAUGUGUUUCCAGGUCAAAGAUGUGUUGGAUUCAAUGCACAAAGAUGCUGGGGAAAAGGGAGAGGCUAAGAACGAGAAGGGGGAAUUUCUGCUCAGAGUGGAUGGUGGUGCUACUGUUAAUAACCUUCUAAUGCAGAUUCAGGCGGACCUGUUGGGGAGCCCAGUGGUAAGACCAGCUGACAUUGAGACAACAGCUCUCGGAGCAGCCUAUGCUGCUGGAUUAGCUGUUGGUGUUUGGAGCGAAAAGGAGAUUUUCGCUUGUGAAGAGAGGACUAAGAAUUCCUCCAUUUUCCGUCCAAAAUUAGAUGAAGAGUUGAGGAAGAAGAAGCUGGACUCAUGGUUUAAGGCUAUUUCAAGAACCUUUGACCUGGCCGAUCUUUCACUUUGAUGUACUCUUCUCACUUCUUUUACCUUAAAGUUUUCUGUCUUUCUUUCUUGCUUAGCUUUGGGAUGAUGGGUUCUCCCUUGCGCAGAUUUCCAUAGGACAUAUGGGAGCAAAAUAAAUCGCAACUCGAGGAUCAAAUCUUUGUUUGCACCAAAUGCAGGAAUAUCCUGCCCCUGACAAUCUGCUCUUGACAAUAUAUGGUUCGUGGAUUGAUAUGUUCUUCCGUGUCCCUCCCAGUCGGCCCUUUCAGCGAUUUGAUUUUCUCAAAUCCAUCUGAUGCUUUCUACUUGUGUAGCAAGAAUGACAUAGUUUGGCUUCACAGAAAUAAUGUCAAUAGUUUUCUUAAGUGGAGGUAUUGAAUGUUUGGUUUCAAAGUGGUGAACUGCUUUUAGAAUUUCUUAGUUAAUACAGUAAUAUGAUAUGUACACAAAUUUCAGAAUAAAAAGCAGUCAUUAGUCCCGA